GGCUGUGAAGGACCCAGCUUGUAGCACCAUGAAGAGCUUUCCCACGGCUUUCCCUCUUUUUCUGGUUUUUAUCCUGAGUGUCCAUCUCGGAGCUGCUGCACGUGGCAGUGAUGUGGCUAAGUUCUACUGCUUUCAAUACACCCACAAGAUCCCUCCCUGGAGGUGGGGGAGUAACUAUGAAUUCACCAGGAACAGCUGCUCCCAGCAGGCUGUGAUAUCCACCACCAGAAGAGGCCAGAAACUCUGCAAACGGAAGGAAGCAUGGGUGCAAAAAUACAUUUCUUUACUAAGAGCCCAGCAACAACUGUGACCGCUGAAUUCUCAGUCCAAAACGCCUGGAUCCUGCUCUUCUCUUGGCUCUGCCCCCCUUGGUGGAGCCUGAAGAACUUCUCCAGCAGAAGGCUGCAUGGGUCUGGUGGGGAGGAGAGGAUAUUUUUCACCAGUCUUUUUUUUUUUUUAAUAAAGAUUUCAUUUGCUCAAUAAACAUUCUUAUUCAAUUAAAAACAGCUUUCUUGGGGCUUCCCUGG